UUUUAAUGUCUCAGCCUGAAGAAGGGUCUAAAGAUGACCACAAGGAGAAUGAGAGACUAGUAAAACGGCAUAAUGAUGGAGCUACGCAGGCCCAGCAUAAAACAUGGAAUAUACUCACUGAAAGCAUCUUGUUGGUAGCAUCAAUCCCAAGUGUAAUAUUUUCAAUUUUUGGACUUGUCAAUGGCCUUCUGUUGUUGAUUCAACAAGAUGAUCACCAAAAAUGAGUAGCUACCAAAAAGAUAGCAGCUAUCGCUGCUGGGAAGAAUGCUAGUAGUAUUUCUGAUCAUAUGGAAGACCAUCUCACUGGUUCAACUGUAGUAUUAUGGGUAUUGAUCGUCAUCUACACUCAAAUUCUGUUUAGUAUCUCUAUGAAGGUCUAUCCCUUCUGUGGAUUUGUAUACAUCAUCUGCCUUCUAGGUGGCUUGGUCUACCACAUCGUUGGCAUAAUCUGGGUCUUAGACGAAGAUUGAACGGAUACUGAUUGGUAUAUAUUAGGAAUUGCCAAUUCAAUCAUAUUCUUCAUCUUCUUCGUAAUUAUCCUCGUUGGAGCCCUCAUUUGCUUCUUGAUUGGACUUUCUGGCUCAAAGAGCCAGAAAGUCAAACCUGAAGAGAAAGAAGACAAUGCUGAAAUCAGCGAGGAAAGGAUUCUUGAAAAUGAAGAGGCUAAAAGAGGAAAUCAUUGUAAAAAUAAAGGUCAAAAUGACAAACAUGAUACUGAAGAUAAAGAUAGAGGUUCUAGCGUUGGCCAGACCUCUAAUCAUCAAAGGGUUACUAAAGAUAAAGACACUAAAGGGAAUAAAGAAGAAGAGACAGAAGAGAAGGAUAAUAUUGAGAAUAAGGAUGAAGAAGAGGAAGAGAAUGCAGGUGAAGAUGAAGAAGAGAUUUAUUAGGGUUGAUAGUAAAAUUAUUUAAUUAUUAA